AUGUUCUUCAUGGGGGCUGCUGCUGAGCAUUUAUCUCAUCCUUUCAUCGUGGAUAGAGAGAGGAUUCUAAUGCUGUUUACUUCUAGGGGAGAGGGGAGUAGAAUAUCUGACCAGAUCUUCUAUAUUUACUCUAACCUGUCCUCUGCUCCCUGGGAGGACAGUGCAGCAGCAGCAGUGGCUCCCGUUUCUCCUCCUACACCUGGUCACUACCAUGUCCUCUACCGAGCGUUUUGAGAAGCGCAGUUGGGCCGGCAUGGGGAGACAUACUGCCUGGUUGGUGGCUACCGGGUCUACGGGGAUGUUGCUUUGGCCACGCCAGCAAAGGUGGAAGCAGAGAAGCCGGUCCCCAGACGUGCUUCCAAGAGAAAUCAUGCUCCGGAAAGGUCGGACAAAGAUCUGGGUUACCCCAGACCCAAAAUCCGGCGACUGCAGCAUGCUGGCAGGAGGCGGACCCCACAGAAUCUUGCAGGUGAGCCAUCGUAA